GGCUGAUACCUAGUUUUAGGGCAAAGGCCACUCAACCCAACCAGACCUGAGGAAUCUUAGACAUCUAGGAUGCAAACCCUUUGCUAGGGAGAGACGCCCCCUCCCUCAUAGUUUAUCUAAGGGCCUCACAAGGUACAGCUGCAGAGGCUGAAGGCCCAGGUGCUUCCAAGGUACUCAGUUGGACAUGAGAAUCAUUUGGGGACCUGGGCUUCACACCCCAGCCAACUCAUUAGUCCUUGGGCCCACGUGGCUGUGGUGUUCAAAGCUCCCCAAGUGAUUCCAAUGUGCCUCUAGGUCCCGGAACCACUGACUUCCAUGGAAACUGGUUUUGGGGGAAGCACCAAGCAUCAAGCAACACCUGCUGUCUGCUGAGCGCAUUUAAGGCCAACCCAGGAGCUGGAGGCCGCGGCUCUCUGCCAGGUGAUUUUCUUCUUUUAGUCAAUAUGGCGGCCCUGGACGCCUCAGAAGAGAGGCUGAAAAAAUUUAAGUACAGAGGGAAAGAUGCAUCUAUGAGGCGACAGCGGAGGGUGGCACUCAACCUGGAGCUCCGGAAGGCCAGGAAAGACGAGCAGACUUUAAAGAGAAGGGGUAUCACCUACCUCCCUGUUGACCCAGCUUUUGAGGACACAACCAAAGAGAUCAGUCUCUCAAUGGAUGAAAUCAUGAAAGGUGUGAAUAGCUCAGAUCUUACCAUCUGCUGCCAGGCCACCCAGGCAAUCAGGAAAAUGCUGUCCCGGGAAAAGAAUCCUCCUCUCACAAUGAUUGUUGACUUAGGGGUCAUCCCCAGGCUGGUGAAGUUCCUGAGCUUACGCCAUUACCCCCAUUUGCAGUUCGAGGCAGCCUGGGCUCUGACCAACAUUGCUUCAGGGACUUCAGCACAGACCCAAGCAGUUGUGCAGGCGGGCGCCAUUCCAUCCCUCCUGGGGCUCCUGUCGGGUGUCUCCAAUGCCGCUGUGUGUGAACAAGCAGUGUGGGCACUCGGGAACAUAGCUGGUGAUGGCCCAGAAUUGAGAGAUGUUGUUAUCGCCAGCAAUAUCAUCCCACGUCUGUCAUCCCUGAUUUCAUCACCCAUAUCAAUCUCAUUUCUACGGACCAUCACGUGGACCUUCUCCAACUUGUGCCGAAACAAGGACCCGUACCCUCACGAGGAGGCGGUGAAGCAAAUGCUGCCCAUCCUUUCCUACCUCCUACAUCAACAGGACAGUGAAAUCCUCUCGGACACCUGCUGGGCCCUGUCCUACCUAACCGAUGCCGACAGUGAGCGCACCGCCCUCGUGAUUGACACAGGGGUCCUGCCCAGGCUGGUAGAGCUCAUGGACAACUCGGAUAUCAAUGUCUUGGCCCCUUCUCUCCGCACCAUGGGGAACAUUGUCACAGGGCCAGAUCACCAAACCCAGAUGGCCAUUGACGCAGGCAUGCUGAAGGUGCUGCCCCGGCUCCUACAACAUCCCCGGUCCUCCAUCCAGAAGGAGGCGAUGUGGGCCCUGAGCAACGUGGCUGCUGGGCCCCACCAUCAAAUCCAGCAGCUGAUCGCUCAUAAUUUGCUGCCUCCUUUGGUGGCUCUGCUGAGAAAUGGAGAUUAUAAAGUUCAGAAAGAAGCUGUCUGGACAGUGGCUAACUUCACAACAGGGGCCUCUGCCGACCAGUUGUUCCAGCUCAUUAACUUUGGAAUCCUGGAGCCACUGUUGAAUCUGCUCACUGUCCCAGAUCUGAAGAUUAUCGUUAUCAUCCUCGAUGUCAUCUCUUCUAUCCUCCAGGCUGCACAGAACCAGGGCGUCAAGGAAAGCUUGUGUUUUCUGAUAGAAGAACUUGGUGGGAUUCAUAAACUUGAGGCUUUACAAUUCCACAGAAACCCUGAGAUUAGCUGGGCUGCUCUGAAAAUCAUCAACAGACACUUUGAUGAGGAAGAAGAUGGUUACAUGGAUGUCCUCAAUUCAAAGCCAAGAUUGUGAAUGCAUGGAUUUCAUCACAGGAAAAUAGCAGACACUCCACAACUUCUAAACCCAUAACCCAGUGAUAUGUCCUUUGAG